UGACUGUUAAAGUUCAGUGAGUUGUAAUGCUAUGGCGCGAUGGCCGAAUUGUUAAAGAGGAAUAUUUUAAAUGAUGUAAUGCAAUGUAACAUUUUUCAUUGACGAAGUCGAAAUAUAUUUAUAUGUUUGUUUCCUUUUUUUCGUAGACAUGAUUGAAGAUUCCCUGCUGAGAACAAUUGUUACAAAUACUUGUGCACUUGGAUGUGGAGUGUUCUUAGGUUUUAUAAUUAAAAGUUGGUUGAAAAAUGAAAAUAAUUCGAAUUUUUCCCAGACGUAUUCAAAAGGAGCUCUAGAAGAAGAAAUAUUUUCUGAUUUAGUUCAAGGAGAUCACAAGUUAGUUCUUGUUGUUCAAAAUGGAUUGAAGAUGGGUAAAGGAAAGAUUGCUGCUCAGUGUUCUCAUGCAUCUGUUAUGGCAUAUAGAAGCUGUUCAAAAACUAGUCCUGAAACCCUAAGGAAAUGGUUAAAAAGUGGACAGAGGAAAGUUGUUGUUAAGGUUGAUGAUGAAGAAGCACUAUUGGCUAUAGCAGAUGCAGCUAGACAGUAUUUUAAUGUUAAUAUAGUCUGUGAUGCUGGCCGUACCCAAAUUCCUUCAGGAAGUAAAACAGUUUUAGCCAUUGGUCCAGGCCCUGAAGACCUGAUUGAUUCAAUUACUGGUCAUUUAAAACUAUUAUGAUAAUUUUACUUAAAUUUGAAUUGUUUUGUAAGUAAUAAGCAAACAUUAAAUAAACAUAAUUUUUAUUUAAAAUA